AUGUCUAUGACAUGGGCUGCUGUGCCAUAUUGCCAAUACCUGUGUACAGUAGGGGUUGAAAAAGGCCAGCUUUGCUUUUCACUUCCAUCAUAGUUUCAAGAGCAAGGAGAUACAUGGAGAAUUCCUGUCUUUCACCUAUACUGAGCCUUCAAAGAUUUUCAAACAUUGUUCAGCACGCUGGCUAUCCCUUGAGAAAUGUCCGAGACGGUUUCUUCAGCAGUGCCCUGCCUUGAAGUCUUACUUGAACAGUCAUGGUUCAAAGAUGUGCUGCCAGACUCCCUGAUUCGUUGUUCAGCCUGAGUUACCACUUCCUUGAAUAAAUUCAGUACCACCUUUCAGCUCACACAUUUUUCAUGGGGAAAGCAAAAUAUGAAAAAAAAAGUAUUAAAGACUGUCGUAAGUCACAGAACCUGUGGAACGUGCAAGUGGUGGCAUCGAAAUAGGCCAGGUAAAAAAGUACGGAAUCACCGGUGUGUGCACACACACACUGGAAGUGCACGUCAUAUGGAAAGUGUAAGUGGUGAGAAAAGAGUUAAGGAACUGCUGGAAGAGGGUACGCCAAUUGAAUAUUUGGAAGGUGAUGGAGACAAUACCCUUAUUGCUCGUCUGAAAUCAAACUUGAAUUUGACAAUGAAAAAACGAUUUGACAGAAAUCAUGUUGUGAAAAAUAUUGGCAAACGUUUGUACAUGUUACAUGGAGAGAAGGGAGUGAAACUGAGUAAAAAUGUUAUCAUUCACAUUCAGAAAUGUCUGAAGUACGUGUUUGCUAAACAUCAAGGUGAUGACACUGGAAUGAAAGAAAAUCUCAGAGCAGUUAUACCACAUCAGUUUGGGGAUCACUCAUUGUGUCAGCCAAGGUUUUGUGGAUAUAAGAGAAAGCCAGGGUCAGUGUAUUCACACAGAAGUCUUCCUUAUAAGGUCCCUCUUAAAGAUAACAAUCUACGAUCAAGGCUGGAGAGCAUUUUUCAACCUAUCAUAUCAAAUGCCGAACAGUACUCCGACCUUGGGUCCAGUCAGCAAUGUGAACAUGCAAAUAGGGAAGUUACACUGAGGGUACCAAAGUCGUUACAUUAUGGUGACUCGGAAUCAUUGGACCACCGUGUACAUGCUACAUCUGCCUUCAUUAAUGAAGGCAGGAAUUACAUUGUUCAGUUUACCAGUUCACUACAGUGUUUGUUCCUAAUACAUUGUUCCUGUUCAACUGCGGUCUUCAGAAUUUGGUGCACACACAAAAGCUGGGUUAUCACCUGGAGUUCACACAAUCAGAUAUGCAGAAAAAUGUGCCAAAAGUAGAAAGCGGUCAUCUGAUCUGUCACAGUUACCAUCCACCAAACGUCGGCGCCUUAUCUUGAAACAAGAGCGGGCUACCACUCAGGGUGAUCAGGAAGCUCUAGAAGGAGUGUCUUAUCAAUCAGGUAUUGGUCAUGAACAAGAUAUUGAUAUAGAGAAAAUCCCUGAUGCAGUUCCCAGAGGAGAUUUCAAACCUGUGACCUGUAAUCAACAUGACAAACCAACACUUGUUAUGGUCGACUUGGAAACCACUGAUCUAAUUCGUGGCAGUAUCAUUCCUCAUAUAACACAAAUUUCUGCUGUAGACUAUGAUUCUGAAGAUACCUUUGAUCAGUAUGUUGUCCCAAAGAUGCCAAUCACAACAACUGCUCAACAAGUGACUGGAAUUGUUAUAUGUGGUUCAAACAUGACUGUUAAUGGAAGUCCAGUACAAUCAUUGCCUAUAAAGGAGGCAUUAGAACGUUUUUGUAAAUGGCUGGAAAAGAAACCAAAUGUAUUCCUUGUAGCUCAUAAUGGGAGGCGAUUCGACUUUCCUGUCCUGAUGUCAAUUGUAAAGAAUGUGAACUUUCUUGAAUGUUUCUUUGACUGUGUUAUUGGUCUAAUUGACACAUUACCAGUUUUCAAGAAGGUCUUUCCGGUACAGUCGCAUAAACAAGAAGAUUUAGUGAUUAGGCAUCUUCAAACAACAUAUGGGGCACAUAAUGCUAUUGAGGAUGUUGUGUUUUUGAGAAAGCUACUUCUUUUUACAAAGUUGUCUGUACAGGAAAUCAUUCAUUUCAGUUUUUCACCUAAAGCAAUGCUCAAUUCAGUAGUGUUCCAUAGAGAGAAAGCUAGAAAUAUCAGGAGCCUGGAUGUGCUUAUUUCUAGCAGUGUAUGCAAAGCUGCGACGGCGGAGAACAUAGCAGGGUCUGGUCUAAAUCUGUCUCGUCUGCAGAGAAUUUACAGUCGUGACGGGGAAGAUGGGUUACAGAAUACUUUUACAGUGAAAAAUAGUGAAGGUCAACCUAGAGUGACAAGCUCGAAACGUGUAUUGGAGACUGUUAUUCCAAAACUGGCUGACUUCUUUAAAAACCGAGAGUGAAUUUAAUGUUAAAGUGAAAAAAAUGUGAAGAAUGUUAACAUUAUAGGACACACUGUUGGUUAAGGAUUAUUUUAGUGAACAAAAUGCUUUACUCUGUUGUUAAUUGUAAACAUGUCAUACCGUUCACACCUUUUAGUGGUAUAAUCCUCUUAGGAACUGGUGCGGAAAUGAUUUUUGUUAUUUUUAGAGUGGGAAUUUUUUAGAGUGGGAAAAACCUUAGAUUUCUUCAAUAUUGUUGUAGAAAAUAAUACAAACUAUGAUUAUAUAUUCAAAGUGUAAAAAAUAACAAGUUCCGGUGUUUGCUUGAAGCUUUUUCAAAAUUUCAGAUUUUGCGUGCUCUGUCGACAAAAUUGACCCCAUAAAUAAUUCUUUAAAUGUUUUGAGAGUUUUAGACGGUAAAAAGUUUUUAUUUUUUUAUAUAAUGCAUGUAAUAUAAUACAGAUAAUUUUGCUGUGAUUAUUUUUGCUUGCCCCAUUAUUAUUUUUUAAUUUUUUGACUUUGUUAGUGUGGGUUGGAGACAAAUAUUUUCAAAAUGGCGUAUUUCUGGAUUUUUGCGGAGUACUAAAAUAGUGUAUAGAUUUCAUUGUUUGAUUCUAUUGUCUUCUUUACUUUGUAUUAUUAUUAUCUGGUGCUUGCUGAAGUUAGAAGUAGCAAUUUGAUUACAUUUUGGUUUUAAAAAUGUAAAUUAUAUGACAUAAACAUAUGCUGGUCGUCGUCCAUUUUACCCCGUCGGAUUGCAUAUCGGUUUCAUGGCCAAAAUGUUUACUUCUUUAUAAUUUCACGGUUAAAUUUCACUAGAAUUGUCCAAAUAAUGAAGACAAUGUUUUAGAACCAAAAAAUAAUUGAUUUGAUUAAUUUAUUAAAAUUCCUCAUUAGGGGCCUAAUACCUUAAUUGGAUUGGCAAUGAUUAUGACAAUG